UUUUUUUGAUCGCACAUUGAACAAACACUGAAGUAGCUCGGAGCAGACACUGACAGGGACAGUAUCUCCACCGCUGAGAAGGGCGUGCAGGGCCGGCCCGGAGUCGCCACCGCCCGGAUCGCCCGGCCCCUGCCGAGGAGCAUUUUCCAUUCUUUCGAACUCCCCUUUUUUUGUCUUCCAUUGCUUGGUGAGGAAAUCAUUUCUGAACUUUUUUGCUUUUAAAGCCAUCUUGUUCCUACUAGGUCUGCGUGCCUGGGCCAUGUAGUCUGCACAGGACCCGGGAAUCCGAGAAAUUGCAGCGGCGCUGUUGUUUACGGCCCUUUGGGCGGGGGCUGAGCCCGCGGUCUUGCCCCCCGCCCGCCGCCCUGGCCAUGCCGCUCCAUCUGCGCGCGGAGCCGCGGCCGCCGGGCCUGCGAGGCUGAGCCGGGAGCCGCGGGAGGAGGAGGCGCCGGUGGCGGAGCCGGAGCGGGAGCCGCGGCGGCGGGCAGCGCGGCGGACCCAGUACUAUGGCUAUGUACUGCUAUGCACUCAACAGCCUGGUGAUCAUGAAUAGCGCCAACCAGGUGAAGAGCGGCGGCGGCCCCCGGCCCAGCGGCACCGAGACGCCCCCGCCGCCGGGGAGGGCCGCGUUGAGCCCCGGCAGCGUUUUCAGCCCCGGGAGAGGCGCCUCUUUCCUCUUCCCCCCAGCCGAGUCGUUGUCGCCUGAGGAGCCCGGGAGCCCCGGGGGCUGGCGGAGCGGCCGGCGCAGGCUGAAUAGCAGCAGCGGCAGCGGCAGCGGCAGCAGCGUGGGCAGCCCUAGUUGGGCGGGUCGCCUGAGAGAGGACGGGCAGCAGGUGGUGACCGCCGGUACCCUCUCCCCUCCGGGGCCGGAGGAAGCCAAGAGGAAGCUGCGAAUCCUGCAGCGCGAGUUGCAGAACGUGCAGGUGAACCAGAAGGUGGGCAUGUUCGAGGCGCACAUCCAGGCACAGAGCUCCGCCAUCCAAGCGCCCCGCAGCCCGCGUUUGGGCAGGGCUCGUUCGCCCUCCCCGUGCCCCUUCCGCAGCAGCAGUCAGCCCCCAGGAAGGGUCCUAGCUCAGAGCGAGGAACGAAGGACAAAGUCCUGGGGGGAGCAAUGUCUAGAGACUUCAGAGGCCGACUCCCGGAGGAGCGGAGGGGCGCCCAGCCCAUGCCUUUCGAAGGACAAGGAAGGAGUGGCACCUGUCCCCGGCCCGGCUGCCGGGUCGGGAUCAGGGGCUCAGGGUCCAGCCGCUUCGGCGAGAAUGGAGAAGAGAGUCCCUGCCAGACUCCGCUGUGGCUCACCCGUAGCUAUGGAAAUUGACAAGAGGGUCUCGCCUCCUUUGGGAACUCGGAGCUGUCAAGCCCCACCUUUGGAACUGGUGGGAAGGAACUUAGUGAUGACCACAGAAGUGGCAGCGAGAGCCACAUCCACUGGACCACACCGUCCACACGACCCUGCCCUCAUUGAGCGGUCUGAGAGGGCCCGCGCACUUGGGGGUGUGCACCCCGGGGAGGCCUUGGUGGAGACGCAGUCUCUGGGCAGUGAGACAAGCCUGGCCCCAGAGGGGGGCGGUCCCCGCAGUGGAGAGCCCCCUGGAAAAGUGGAGAAAGGAAAACUGCCCUGUGGCGUGCCAGGCUCCGGGGCGUCUGAAGCGGACGAGAGGCCAGAGGAGAGGACUGUGAACGCGCAAAUGUCGGAGCCGUCGAAGGCCCCGACCUGGUUCAGGCCACCCGGAGACCUGGGCUUGGUAGGCCCCGAGGUAGCCCCGAGUGGGGCCCUGGUGGUCAGGGAGCCUCAGCAGCGCUCUAACAGAGUGGAUGAAGGGUCUCCCAUGCUGGGCUUGCGUGGGGGCAGCAGCUCAGCACAGCCAGGGACCCGGGAGGUAGAAGCAGGAAUACUCUCUGGCGGAAAGCUGGAGCCUUUGCCCUGUUGGCCCUCGACAAAAGAUCUGAAAGAACCUCCGUGCCUUCCUGGGGACAGGGCGGGUGUGCAGCCUGGGAGCUCCAGGGCUUGGCUGGGCCCCAUGGAGGAAGCCAGUCUGGCCUGGACGUGUGGCACAGGGGUACAACCCGAGGGGACUUGGGGAAGCCAGCCGCAGGACAGAGACGCCCACCCCAGCCCAGAGUUGCUCUCCCCAGAUCAGAAGGACAAGACUUCCCUGAGAGAGGCCUGCAGCCCAGGCAAUAUUCCUGCCGUCAUCAUCACAGACAUGGGUGCCCAGGAGGACGGGACCUUGGAGGAGGCGCAGGGAAGCCCUCGGGGCAGCCUGCCCCUGAGGAAACUGUCCUCUUCCUCUGCCUCCUCCACCGGCUUCUCCUCCUCCUAUGAGGACUCGGAGGAGGACAUCUCCAGUGACCCUGAGCGCUGCCUGGACCCCAACUCCGCCUUCCUGCAUACCCUGGACCAGCAGAAGCCCAGAGUGAGCAAGUCAUGGAGGAAAAUAAAAAACAUGGUGCACUGGUCUCCCUUCGUCAUGUCCUUCAAGAAGAAGUACCCCUGGAUCCAGCUGGCGGGACACGCAGGGAGUUUCAAGGCGGCUGCCAACGGCAGGAUCCUGAAGAAGCACUGUGAAUCAGAGCAGCGCUGCCUGGACCGGCUGAUGGCCGACGUGCUGAAGCCCUUUGUCCCCGCCUACCACGGGGACGUGGUGAAGGACGGCGAGCGCUACAACCAGAUGGACGACCUGCUGGCCGACUUCGACUCGCCUUGCGUCAUGGACUGCAAGAUGGGCGUCAGGACCUACCUGGAGGAAGAGCUCACCAAGGCCCGGAAGAAGCCCAGCCUCCGGAAGGACAUGUACCAGAAGAUGAUUGAGGUGGACCCCGAGGCCCCGACCGAGGAGGAGAAAGCCCAGCGGGCCGUGACCAAGCCGCGGUAUAUGCAGUGGAGGGAGACCAUCAGCUCCACGGCCACCCUCGGGUUCAGGAUCGAGGGCAUCAAGAAGGAAGACGGCUCCGUGAACCGGGACUUCAAGAAGACCAAAACGCGGGAGCAGGUCACCGAGGCCUUCAGAGAAUUCACUAAAGGCAACCAUAAUGUCCUGGUCGCCUACCGGGACCGGCUGAAGGACAUCCGGGCCACUCUAGAAGUUUCUCCCUUCUUCAAGUGCCACGAGGUCAUUGGCAGCUCGCUCCUCUUCAUCCACGACAAGAAGGAACAGGCCAAGGUGUGGAUGAUCGACUUUGGGAAAACCACACCCCUGCCCGAGGGCCAGACCCUGCAGCACGACGUCCCCUGGCAGGAAGGGAACCGGGAGGACGGCUACCUCUCCGGCCUGAACAACCUCAUCGACAUCCUGACGGAAAUGUGCUCGGGCACCCCACCGCCCUGAGGCCGCCCUGCGCCCCACACCUCGCGGCCGCUCCCGGCCUUUCUCCCUCCCUUUGCUUCCCUCUCCUCCUGAAUGUUCCCUUCCCUUCCCCCGGGUGCCCCAGAACUGACCCUCGGAACUGCACUACGAGACACUUUGUAGACGAGGAGAUGCAAUGAGAUUUCUGGUUGUUCUCCUGAUUGGAGGACUUGGGGCUGGGCUCCCACUUCUCUCUGUAGACAGGAUCUCCUGCUAGGAGAGAAAUGCCCAGACCCCAGACCCCAGGCCCGGCUGCC